AUGCUGAGCUACAACAAUUUUUUUGGAAGCUGUUGGGUUUUUUUUUUUUUUUUAGGUCCUGGGCCGUACCCAGGAGUGCUGGACCUGUGGGGAGGAGGUGGUGGUUUGGUUGAGUAUCGUUCUGGCUUGCUUGCAUCUCAUGGCUUUGCAUCCAUGGCACUUGAGUACCUCGCUCCAGAAGAGCUGAGAACAGCUGAUGUUGAUGUGUCAUACUUUGAGAAAGCAUACCAGAUCCUGCAGAAUCAUCCAAAGGUACAGAAGGACUGUAUAGCAAUGCUUGGGCUAUCUUUCGGAAGUGCUAUCACACUCAGUAUGGCGGCUUAUUCCAAAGUCAUCAAGCCCCAGUGCUGUGUGUGUAUCAGCGGAAGUCAUGUGGUUCCUGUUGAUAAAUCCAUCUUUGAAGUCUUUGAGGAGAUGAAAAAGUAUAUAGAUAGGGUACGUGUGAAUGAGGAGAACCAGAUAAUACACAGAGACAUCAUCUUGCCGAUUCCCUCAGACCCAGCUCUCAAAGUGGAUGUUGGGAGAAUAAAGUGUCCUCUUCUGUUGGUGAACGCUGGUGAUGAUCAGAGCUGGGCUUCGGUUGAAUCUGCUGAAGAUAUGGUGAUGAUGAUGGAGAAAGCUGGAAAUCGACACCUGUUGACGGUCCUGACAUAUCCUGGCGCGGGUCAUCUGAUUGAACCUCCGUACUCACCUCACUUCCGAGCAACUAACUUCAUCCUGCAGGAUAUAAAAGAGAAGGUUGUCAUGCUGUGGGGUGGAAAGACUAAACCACACGCAAACGCACAGGAGGACGCAUGGGAGAAGAUUUUAGCAUUUCUGUGGCAGCACCUCUACUUCAGUUCAAACUUUACAGUAAAAGCCAAACUGUAGUUCUGUCGUUUACAACUAUUAAACUUUAUUUCAAAUAAUGUUGAUAAUGAUUGCCAGAACUUGAUAUCUAUAGAAAAUUAUCUCACUUUGCUAUUUGUAGUAAAUAAAAGUGGAUAGAAAGUAUGAUUUUUAUGUAAUAUAUUUGUAGUAAAAAUUACACUUAAUGGAUACUUAAUAUUUAUAAUUAUGAUGACACUAACUAAAGUUAGCAUUACAAACACAGUUUAGGUUUGUUGGGCAAUAUUUGUUGAUACACUACCAAUGAUCAAAAUACAUUUUCCUCGUUUUGUAUACAAUCCACCUCUCGCUAAGAAGUUGAAAUGAGGCUAAUCCUUUAUCUAAUUUAAUUUUGCUUAAAAUUAAUUUGGCUAAAAAUAAUUUUUAUUUUCUAAAGUGAGUAUUGCAUUAAGAAUAUAUGCAAAAGUAUUUACAAAAAAUAUAUAAUACAAAAAAUAUACAAAAAAUAUUUUAGUGAUUCUGUAACUACUUGCUGUAAAAGAAAUUUUUACUAAAUAAAUAGCUGAUUAAAUGUUAUGGUUGCAUUCAUAAGCUAUGAGUGUUUUUGUUGUUGUGUUGUUUUUUAAGGAUGUAAUUAACAUCAGAUGUAAUGUUUUUGCCAUGUUGCAUGUCAUGUUUUUACAUGUACAGAUCAGUUGUAGAUGAAUAAAUAUAGACUGCUAUUUUUAAAAAAUCCUUUC